AUGACCACAACCAUUACAAGUGUCCCUGGUUCGCCUCCUGACCUCUCCGGCUCGCGAUCUUCCAAAUCCUCCUCGUUAUCCUCCACCUUUUCCAGCCCAGAUGGCUUAGAGUCAGACGUAACACAUUUCGAAGAGAUUGGUCUCGAUGAUGACAAGCAAACCCCUCUGCCUAGAAGCUACCAUUCACGCGAUGUGUCGAUGCAAUCCGUGGGCUCCCAGCAUGAGUUGAUCAAAUCUCAAGAGCCUGUGCAUGGGGAGAGGCGCCCUCAACUUCCGCAGCUUCAAACCCAAGUCAAAACAUCUAGCCAGAGAAGAGACUGGGCGGCGCUUCGAAACCCUCCCCCAAAGAUGGUUACCAUGCAGCGCGGAUUUACCAGCCCCGAAUCCUUUUUCCCUCUCAACAUGAGGACACGAUCUUCCUCACCUCCGACUCGAAGAGUAGUGGCUUCUUCUUCAACCGUCCCGGUCAGUGCAGGCGGUCUGCGUCCUAUCCCUCAAUCACCUGCUUCUUUCCUGGGUGUACCUUCCAGACGAUCCUCCUGGCAACCACAACGAAAAACCAUCAAAGAACUGGAGGACGAGUACCAUGACUCUGACGACGAACUACCGGAUGAUGCAAGUCUCUGGAAUGUCCCUGUGUCCCCAUACGUCAGUGGACAGCGAUCCCACAGGUCGAGUUUCCGAGGGAGUCCAGACCGAGCCGGUCUGUCCCAAAGCCCUGGUCCUGUACCUCUAGCGCAUGCAAAGACCGCUCCGGAUACUCCCCCUCGACCGACUAUGCAUUCGCAGUCUUUACCAAAGAAUAGAUCACACGGUUCAAGGACAGUCCCGCUCAACCCACCACCUUCGAAUCCAUCCUCCCCCCGUAGGACCAAUCCUUUGCGAAAUGGCCGGACAAAAUCCUGGAAUCUGGCGAUGGCGGAUUUGAGCGAAGAAGCUCGCAUCAUCUCGGAGACUUUGCAGUAUCAUGCAGAAACCCGGGAGCAAGCUCGCUCUAUAAGUCCUCAAGGAAACGGAUCCAGUGAUAGCCUCGGGCUGCCUAAGGCUGGCGACUCUCGGAAGAACUCAAUUCAGCUGCCACCCAUUCAGAAGAGCACUUUGGAUUUCAUGCCUAUAUCCAAGGAAAAGGAAGCCAUUCUUUCACGGACCAGGCCAUCUUGGCUACCACCCAAAAACCCCAAGGAGGAGGCGAAGCAUCUCAAGGAAUAUCAAGCAAUGAUGGCUGCAUCUCUAGAAUCCGAGAAGAAACGUCGCGCAAAGCUGCAGGCUCAGCAAUGCGUCAAAGAUGACACGAGGGAGUCACUGAACCGAAUUUGGGCCUAUUAUGUCGAGGAAACAACCGAUAUCAAGGCGAUCGACCAGCGUGUAUAUGAUUUAUGCUGGCGUGGUGUAAGUCCCAAUCUUCGCGGAAAGGUCUGGCAAAGAACGGUGGGAAAUUCACUUGGCCUCACAGUCAAGAGCUACGAAAAGGCAUUGCAGAGAGCAAAGGAAAUCAAGAAGAAGCCGUGGAAUCAACUUGAUCGCAAUUUGAGAAACAUGGGAAGAUGGUUUGUCGACAUCGAACGCGAUGCCGAGACCGCUUUCCCGGAGCUCAACUUGUUCCAGCGAGAUUGUCCCAUGUGGCAAGAUCUAGUGAACGUCUGUGAAGCUUAUGCGUGCUAUCGAAGCGACGUGGGUUAUAUUUAUGGGAUGCAGCUAAUUGCGGCAUUGCUUCUUCUUCAGAUUCCCACUCCUGCAGACGCCUUCAUACUUAUGGCGAAUUGUCUGAACCGGCCUGCACCGCUAGCAUUCCAGAUAAAUGACACAUCGUCCACAAGCCGAAUUUAUAAUCACGCGGUAUCUACGCUCGGGAUCAAAUUCCCUCGCCUCCAUGAAUAUCUGUUUGGCUCACUCGAACAAGGUGGGCUCGGAUUCACUGGUGAAGAAAUUUUCGAACCCAUGUUUCGAACUGUUUUCUCCAAUGGGCUGGAUUUGGACAGACUUUGUCGCAUUUGGGAUAUUUGGAUCUUUGAAGGAGACAGAAGCUUGGUUCAAGCUGCCGUCGCCAUCUUAGGAUCCCUGCAAUCACAGAUAUUUGACAUAAGAGGCGACAUUCACCUGAAACGACGAAACGCACAAGAAAUGCUGGGCUGGGGCCCCUUUAAUCGAGCGCCCAAAUCUGGACAUUGGAAUCUCCAAACCGUCGGAAGCGAGGAGAAUUUUGUUGAAGAAGUGCGACUUGCGGGGACGUUGGCUCCCGGAAUUGUUUCUUUCUAA